UUCCUGGAGUGGGUGUAAGACAUCAGUUGUAAACCUGCCCUAGCAGGAAUAGCGGUCCCUCCCUCCUCCCAACUAUUUCUGAGGCUUUUAUUUCUAAGGCUUUAUUAUUAUCACCGGUGGAAAAGGAUCCGCUCGCCAUCAUCCCUCCUCGGCAGCUCCCAUCUGAGAGACGCGUCUUUAACGCCUCCAUUUAAUAAAAAACAAGCAGAUAUCACGCAGAAAAAUCAAGGGAUCGAGUCCAUGCGAGCUGCCAUCUGAUCCCCCCUACCUCCUCCACCACUUUCCACACACACACACACACWCWCRCRCACACACACACACACACACCUAUCAAUGAAGCAGGAGAUCAUGGCGGAUGGCCCCAGGUGUAAGAGGCGAAAACAAGCCAAUCCGAGGCGGAAAAACGCUCUUAACUAUGAGAAUGUGGUGGAGACAAGCUCAGAGACGGAGGAGGAGGACAAGCUCCCCGUGUCCGAGGAGGACCCCCUGAUCAACGGCACGGGCAGCCCGGCGAGCCUCACCAACCCUGAGGCGUCGCCACGCGCCGAGAGCCACGGCCUGCUGACCAAGGACGAAGAGGACGACGAGAUGCGGGACAGCGGAGUGGAGCACAUCUGGCCUGACAACGACAUCCUGAGUGCCUCGGUCGACGGUACUGAUGAAAUUAAAGAUGAUUUUGAUACCCUGGGGCCUGAAGCCACCUUGCAGGCAGUUGGAAACGGUACAGUCAAAAGCAUGGAUUGCACUUCAGAGCUGGAGGACUUCUUCGCCAAGCGAAAGCUGGACGACGGCGACAGCCACGUGGUGAGCAUCGCCGAGUACCUGCAGCGUGGCGACACCGCCAUCAUUUACCCAGAAGCCCCGGAGGAGCUGAGCCGGCUGGGAACGCCGGAGGCAACGGGACCCGAGGAAAACGACCUGCCACCUGGAACGCCAGAUGCCUUCGCCCAACUGUUGACCUGCCCCUACUGCGACCGGGGCUACAAGCGUUUGACUUCGCUCAAGGAGCACAUCAAGUACCGCCAUGAGAAGAACGAGGAGAACUUCGCCUGCCCCCUGUGCAACUACACGUUCGCCUACCGCACUCAGCUGGAGCGGCAUAUGGCCACACACAAGCCCGCCAGGGAUCAGGUGAGGCGGAGCUUCCUCCAUUUUGCCAGUUUCAUUUCAUCCCCAUCGCGCCCCGAUCAUUUUUUUUCUGAUUGGCAAUCAUUAUUAAUUUUUCAUGGCAUUUUGAAGAUCCUCCAUGUAAACAGAUCAAUUUUUGUGGCUACAGCUCCUGAAAUAAACAAAAAGCAGUCGGCUCMWGUUUUCWCGCUUUUAGUUGAAACCGUUUUUAAGCCUCUGCGGGUUUGUGCGGUGCCGCGUUGCUUAUUAUUUCUCGCCUCUUGUCUCUCUGUUCUUGUCUCUAAGGGGGACCUGCUUGACGGUACACCAGAUUACUUGUCAGGGCUGGACGACAUGACAGACCCCGACUCCUGUCUGUCGCGGAAGAAGAUUAAGAAGACCGAAAGUGGUAUGUACGCGUGUGACUUGUGCGACAAAACAUUCCAGAAGAGCAGUUCCCUUCUAAGACACAAAUAUGAACACACAGGCAAGCGGCCUCACCAGUGCCAGAUCUGCAAGAAAGCCUUCAAACACAAACACCAUCUCAUCGAGCACUCGCGGCUGCACUCCGGAGAGAAGCCGUACCAGUGCGACAAAUGCGGGAAGCGCUUCUCCCACUCGGGCUCCUACUCGCAGCACAUGAACCACCGCUACUCCUACUGCAAGCGGGAGGCCGAGGAGCGGGAGGCGGCGGAGCGGGAGGCCCGGGAGAAGGGCCACCUGGAGCCCACCGAGCUGCUGAUGAGCAGGGCGUACUUGCAGGGCAUGACUCCUCAGGGCUACCCGGCGGAGCUGGCGGAGCACGAGGCCAUCCUGAGGCACGACGGCGUGAACGGAGGGAUCAGGGCGGAGGGGCGGAAGGAGGUGGACGGAACGUACGCGAAGAUAGGACGGAGGGACGAGUUCGAGGAGGAGGAAGAGGAAGAGAGCAAGAGCAUGGACACGGACCCGGACACGUUGAGGGACGAGGAGGAGAACGGGGAGCACUCGAUGGACGACAGCUCGCUGGACGGCAAAACGGAAACCAAAUCGGAUCACGAGGACGCCAUGGAGGACGGCAUGUAACGGACGGUUUUCAGGGAGCUUCCCAUCUUACAGUUUUCAGUUUGUCUCUUUCGGUUCGGCAUUCUCACCUGCUCGGUUUAAAACGCCGCCGCCGCGUUUUAAGCUGCACGUGCCUGAAGCUUCCGGGAAGCUCUCUUUGGGACGACGUCUGCCGAAGCGGGACGCGAUGGACUCAGAAAUCAGAGGCGGGUUUGUGAAAUAAGCUGCAUUAUGCAAACCGAACAACRAAUAAAUGAAUAAAAAUGUACAGUACUAAGGCCUAAAACAACGUGUGGUGCUAACCUCCUGUGUUCCAUAGUAUUUAUAGCACAACUAGUGACUUGUACAAAUUGCACUCCGCUUCUAUAAUCAUGAACAAAAAUAAUAAAAAGUAUUGCCUAUGUAUAUAUUUAUACAGUGUUGGAAAAGAGCAGUAUUACCUGCCCUGCAGUCCUUCAGUAUUACCACCUACCUGCGUUUCUCGGUGUCGUCUUUAUUUCUCCAAACAUCUCCAGCCGCACUGUUUUAGGCCUCUUGAAUCGAAUCAAAUGAAGGAAUUUAAACUGUGUUUUGUUUUUGUUUUUUUAAAGAAGUUUUAAAGAGACUUUCGUUUUAAGGGAAAAUUACAGUUUAUGGACGGGAUAAAAAGAAGAAAACGAUGAAGGACGAAGCCUUUGUAAGGUGUUUUUUGAUAAGAAAAAAGAAGCCUUAUAUGCAAACCUUUUAACCUGUGUGUUUUUCUGCAAGUGCCACCCUCGUAUUGUGUAAAAGGACGGUUCGGUUUCUUAUGUUUUGUUUUGUUCUUCUUCACCAGCUUCAGUAUUAUGAUGAGAUGGUUCACCGUUGUUCUCCGAAGCACCGUGUCAGUAUUAAAGACGUAUAGGCAGCCGUUUCCUUUAGUUUACAUUAUGUUGUGCAAUGUUUUCUCAGCUCUUUUUCUUUUUAAACUYUCUCAGUAUUACAACCAAACCGUUAUUUUUUUUUCUUUUAUUUUGAUUAUUUAUGUGGCCCAUUUUAUAUUUCCUAAUUUUAUUUAUUUCAUACUGUUGUGUACAGUACUAUAGUUCUUCAAUAUAUAGAUAUAUUUUAGUAAAAAGGAACAUGUUGUCGAUCAUAGGGGCAAAUUUUACGUAAAACAAAAGAGCAUUUAUUGUGUUUUGAAACAUUGUGAAGUUUUAAUCUUAUUUUUUUUUUCUUUUACUUUCCAGUUACUGGAAAAAAAAAUCCAAAAUUUGGGAACUUUUAUACAAUUGUGAAAACACUGUAUUUUCGACUGAAAAAAAAUUCCACUUUCUUCAUCUUUGUUUUCUUUUUUUAAGCUGAAAAAACAAUGAAGAGGGACUGUUAAAUACUAUGUAUGAUAUGAUGACUGAAGAAGAAAUCUUUCCUGAAAUGUCUUUGUAAAAGUAUUAUGGAUUCUUAAUUUGUAAUUUUCUCUUGAAGAUGACCCUGCUCGAAUAAAAAGUAGCCAAAUUACAGAGUA